AUGGGAGCCAAAGGCCCCUCUCCAUCUGAUGUCUCCCUUACUACCGAUGUCAAACGCCCAGAGCCCGACCAGACACUCCGUGAGCCUGCGGAUGCGGAAAAGCUAGCACCAGUAGCAACAGAGCAGAAUGGUCCGCCGCCAAACGACCUCUUCCAGCCCAAGAGCAUCAAGUUCUGGAUGAUCCUGCUGUGCAACUUUCUUGCCCUCUUCCUCGUGGCUCUUGAUCGCACCAUUGUCGCCACAGCUGUGCCUCAGAUCUCAGAUGACUUCAACAGCCUUGGAGACAUAGGCUGGUUUGCCUCGGCCUACAUGUUGACAACAUCGGCAUCUCAGCUUCUCUUUGGGCGCAUCUACCGGUUUUACCCAAUGAAAUGGACAUUUCUCACCUGCGUCGUCGUAUUCGAGAUUGGGUCCGCAAUAUGCGGUGCUGCGCCCGGCUCGACUGUCUUUAUUGUGGGACGCGCUAUCGCCGGCGUCGCGUCGGCGGGCAUCUUCUCGGGCUGCAUGGGCCUCUUCGGUAUGGUGUUUGGCAUCGCCUCCGUCGUGGGCCCGCUUGUUGGAGGCGCCUUUACCAGUUCCGUCACCUGGAGAUGGUGCUUUUACAUCAACCUUCCUAUCGGCGGCUUCACGCUGCUAUUCAUGUGCUUUUUCUGGAACCCGCCGGCACAAACGUAUCUCCCGGCACCGCUCUGGACCCACGUCAAGCGGCUUGACCCUCUCGGCACGCUGUUCUUUUUGCCCGGCAUAGUCUGCCUGCUGUUGGCCCUGCAGUGGGGCGGCUCCAAAUACGCAUGGAGCAGCUGGCGUGUCAUCCCGCUGUUCCUGCUCUUCGGUGCGCUCAUGCUGGCCUUUACUGUCGUGCAGAUCAUGCUUCCUGAAACAGCCACGCUGCCUGGACGUGUCAUCACACAGCGAAGCGUGCUCGCGGGUGCUUCUUUCACCUUCUUUCUGUCGGCCUCCAUGCUGACGUUGGUGUACUUCAUCCCGCUAUGGUUCCAGACAACCAAGAACGCAACAGCACUCGAGUCUGGAAUCGAUACCAUUCCGCUAGUAUUGAGCCUCGUCGUGUCAAGCAUCAUGUCUGGCAUCGCCACACAGAAAAUCGGCUACUAUGUUCCAUCGAUGCUGCUGGCACCCUGUAUCAUGUCCGUUGGCCAGGGGCUCAUGAGCACGUUCACGCCCUCGACCCGCUCGUCUCACUGGAUCGCCUUUGAGUUUAUCUCUGGCUUCGGCCUCGGUCUCGGUAUGCAGAUUGGAAACCUGGCCGCCCAGACCGUUUUACCGCCUGCAGAUAUACCGACCGGCGUGGCUAUCAUGUUCUUCGUGCAGCAGCUGGGCGGUUCCAUCUUCACCUCUGUUGGAGAGACCAUCCUGAGCAACCUCUUGGUAUCGAAGCUUGGAGGCAUCCCGGGUCUCGAUAUGGCCUCAAUCGUCAACGGUGGCGCCACCGAAAUAGCCAAGGUGGUGCCAGCGGAGUACCUCCCCGCUGUUGUUGAAGCAUACAACUAUGCGACCACGCGAAUCUUCCUGAUGGGCAUGGGCCUCGCCUUCUGUGCACUCAUCUCAGGCUUCUUCAUGGAGUGGCGCAGCAUCAAGAAGCCUCCUGGUUCUCUGGGCGGUCCUCCCACCGGUCCUUCUAAAAAUCCUGCGGAGAAAAGCUCUGGAGUGCUCAAAUCGCUACAAAUUCCAAGUGCACCAGACCUUCCGGCUAAGCUAAGACGACUUCAGCCCGAAACAUCAGACACGAAACUCAUCGCUCCACCCCCUGCGUACUCCAGGUCAGACUUGUCGGUAGUGGCUAGGUCGUCCAUAUUAUCCCAGGCGACGGCAGUGGGCAGUGACUGCCCAACACCCACCAAAACUUUGAGGGACUCAUCCUACUCACCUUCAGUGGUCGGAGGAGGCCCUCCGGUCAGUCUUCAGAUUAUCAGGGUACGACUGCAAGAGGAGGAAAAGUUGCGACAGGCGAGAAGAGAAUCGGAGCCUGGCUUCGAGAGCCCUCGGCGAAACUCGGCACGACUGUCCAGGACCCUCAGGAGAAGCAGCUCGUCGACAGAACGAUAUACAUUCGCUUAA